UGUCCUUCGCGGCUCGCCGUCGUUGUUUUGCGGACGCGCGGUGGCUGCGGGGACGCAGAGCGAGAAGCGGCUGGCUGCACGAGAACAGCCUGUACCUUUGACGAUAGCGUUGUCGAGACGGAGGAAAACAGCACCCGGACUUUUGUCCACACCUCCAUGAGGAUCGGGCGUCUGAGUCGUCGGUAGUCCGCGGCUCCCGUCACUUCAAGCGGGUUGGGAGCACAAGUGCAAGAGGAGUCUGCACGAUGUCAACCAGUGUGUUGUGCAGUCGAGGCGGGUUGGCUGUGUCUCGGGCAGCCUGUCGCCAGGCCCUCACUGCCCUCGGGAUGAGUCGAAUAAGACCCUUCUCUGCUGCGAGCUCAGAUGAGCCAUAUGUUGCCACAUCUCACACACAGUCAGGGCCCAGAACUGUGUGGCCUGAUGAGAACAUGGGACCAUUCGGACCUCAGGACCAGCGCUUCCAGUUGCCGGGCAACGUGGGCUUCGACUGUCACCUGGAGGGCAUGGGCGACAACAAAGCGGCCCCUGUCCACAAAACGGUGCCCGAUGUACUGACCACCCCGAGCAGCUCCGAGAGGCACGAGUUCAUCUUGGCCCAGUUCAUCAGUCAGUUCCAGGGCAAUGAAGGUUCUGUAUACACAAGGGUUCGCAAGGCCGAGCUGUAUUUCGAUCAGAAUGACACGGACUGCUACAUCAGUUCCUGCCCCGAGCUGCUAAGGAAAGAUCUGGAGCUGUUCUUCCCCACGGCGCCCGCCAGCAGCCUCACGGUGGUCACAGUCGCACAGAAGAGCGGCAGGCCAGAGGAGCCGGAGCAGAACAAAGAUCAGAUGCUUCACAGGUUUGUGAAUGGGGCUAAGGAAAUGUGCUUCGCUCUGUGGACGGCGGGCUACUGGGCCGACUUCAUUGACCCCACAACAGGACUUGCUUUCUUUGGGUCUCCAUCGAGCCAAACCUCCCUCAGAACCGACGGGGAGCUGCAGCAGAUGGGCUUCCACAUCGAAGUGUCGGGCUCGUGCACGGUCAUUCGCCACAUCCUGAAAGGCACGCCCAUGUUCGUGGGGACUGUCUUCACCAACGCACCUACCUACAGCCCUGCCGUCAACAGGCUCCAGGGACUGCCAAAUGCACUUGACGAUGACAGUUAGGAUUCUCCUCUUUUGUAUGUAUACCGGAAACGGCAGCCGGCCCAGAAGAACCGGGCCUGCGGUUUCUACGCUUGGGGGAAAAGUGAUGUAGUGUUGAUAUGUGUGUGUAUCGACGGAAGAGGAAUCCGUUUUUCACGAGUUAGGCUGAUGACGGGCUGACGACGUCCAGGAGGGCCUCCACCGCAGUAUUAGAACACCUCCCUGACCUGAACGCAGACCUGGGUUGUGUUGAAAUGGAGUCGCUCGCCUUAGUUCAUCUUGCCACGACUUGAUGGAGUACAGCCACACUAACACAACCACCCUAGUCUUUUACUGUGUUUCAACAAGCAAGCCUCAUUGCACACAGUCUGUGCAGUGGGACAGUGUUCAGGAAAACACACACGUUUUAAAAUGAGGCGUUUUGAAUUUGAAACAUCGCUCCUGUCCUGACAUCGUAGUGGUGGAUAUUGAAUUUAAAAGUCUACCUCUCGGAUGUUGUCGUCUUUAUAUAUCCAGUUUGUAAGUUAUUCGGUGUCUUUCAGGACCGGGCAGUGAACAAAUCGAGCCGGGGUGUUUUUAACCCGGCCAGCCGUACCUGUAAUCCCCUACACGAACCCGGGUCUGCUGUCCUGCCAGCCGCUGCUGGUGGUUAAUGUGAACAACAUCUGGAUCUGAGCCGCUUUUUUACCACGACUGUGGUGCUCGGUCGCCUCUUCACACUAACGUUGUGUUGGAUUUCUCUGCGUUCGCCGGCACGGCGGUGACCGCAGAGGUGCGGCCGCUGCUCUACUUUACCAGCACGGCAGCUGUACUGAUCAGAGGUGCUUAAUAAAAAGGGGUUUUCUUGAUGUCGUCUGGGACUAAGCAGAGAGGGGUUAUUUGCUGUAUCUAUGCACGUGUGGCGAACUUCACACCGGGUUCCGACACAAAACGCACAAACAUCACACUGAUUUACACUUCAGUAGCUCUAAAACAAGCCUAGUGAGGCAACCUACGAGGUAAUCCACAUGAAACGUGGUUAGAAAUGUAAUGGACAGGCGUGCGGGUGGUGUGGCGGUCUAUUCCGCUGCCUCCCAACACAGGAAUCCCGGUUCGAAUCCCCGCGUUACCUCCGGCUUGGUCGGGCGUCCCUACAGGCACAACUGGCCGUGUCUGUGGGAGGGAAGCCGGAUGUGGAUAUGUGUCCUGGUCGCUGCACUAGCGCCUCCUCUGGUCUGUCGGGGCACCUGUUUUGGGGGGGGGGUGCAGCGUGAUCCUCCUACGUGCUACGUCCCCCUGGUGAAACUCCUCACUGCCAGGUGAAAAGAAGCGGCUGGUGACUCCACCUGUAUGGGAGGAGGCAUGUGGUAGUCUGCAGCCCUCCCCGGAUCAGCAGAGGGGGUGGAGCAGAGACCGGGACGGCUCGGAAGAGUGGGGUA